GUCAGCUGGGCGGAGCUUCAUGCUAAAGCCCCAGAGCCCGACGCGGCCGCAGCGGUAGCGGAGACAGCUGAAGCUCAGAGGAGCUGCGUCUGCGGCAACCUGUCUGCUGACGCUACGUGCCUCCUGGCUCCGACCUAGCUCGCAGCUCACAGUCUCACUCCGUUCCUUCCCUACCUGGCUCGUACCUGCUCAAGGCCAGGGUCCUGCCAAGCGCUAGGAGGGCGAGUGCCAGGGGCACUAGGGAGCUGCGGAGCGCACGCGCGCCAUGGGGCCACCGCCUGGGGCCGGGGUCUCCUGCCGCGUUGGCUGUGGCUCUUCCCGAUUGCUGGCGUGGUGCUUCCUGCUGGCCCUAAGUCCGCAGGCCCCCGGCUCCCGGGGGGCCGAAGCAGUGUGGACCGCCUACCUCAACGUGUCCUGGCGGGUUCCGCACACCGGAGUGAACCGUACGGUGUGGGAGCUGAGUGAGGAGGGCGUGUACGGCCAGGACUCGCCGCUGGAGCCUGUGGCUGGGGUCCUGGUACCGCCCGACGGACCCGGGGCGCUCAACGCCUGUAACCCGCACACGAAUUUCACGGUGCCCACGGUUUGGGGAAGCACCGUGCAAGUCUCUUGGUUGGCCCUCAUCCAACGCGGCGGGGGCUGCACCUUCGCAGACAAGAUUCAUCUGGCUUAUGAGAGAGGGGCGUCUGGAGCCGUCAUCUUUAACUUCCCGGGGACCCGCAAUGAGGUCAUCCCCAUGUCUCACCCCGGUGCAGGAGACAUUGUUGCAAUCAUGAUCGGCAAUCUGAAAGGCACGAAAAUUCUACAAUCUAUUCAAAGAGGCAUACAAGUGACAAUGGUCAUAGAAGUAGGGAAAAAACAUGGCCCUUGGGUGAAUCACUAUUCAAUUUUUUUUGUUUCCGUGUCCUUUUUUAUUAUUACGGCUGCAACUGUGGGCUAUUUUAUCUUUUAUUCUGCUCGAAGACUACGGAAUGCAAGAGCUCAAAGCAGGAAGCAGAGGCAAUUAAAGGCAGAUGCUAAAAAAGCUAUUGGAAGGCUUCAACUACGCACACUGAAACAAGGAGACAAGGAAAUUGGCCCUGAUGGAGAUAGCUGUGCUGUCUGUAUUGAAUUGUAUAAACCAAAUGAUUUGGUACGCAUCUUAACCUGCAACCAUAUUUUCCAUAAGACAUGUGUUGACCCAUGGCUGUUAGAACACAGGACUUGCCCCAUGUGCAAAUGUGACAUACUCAAAGCUUUGGGAAUUGAGGUGGAUGUUGAAGAUGGUUCAGUGUCUUUACAAGUCCCUGUAUCCAAUGAAACAUCCAAUAGUGCCUCCUCCCAUGAAGAGGAUAAUCGCAGUGAGACCGCAUCAUCUGGAUAUGCUUCAGUACAGGGAGCAGAUGAACCGCCUCUGGAGGAACACGUGCAAUCAACAAAUGAAAAUCUACAGCUGGUUAACCAUGAAGCAAAUUCUGUGGCAGUGGAUGUUGUCCCUCAUGUUGACAACCCAACCUUUGAAGAAGAUGAAACUCCUGAUCAAGAGACUGCUGUUCGAGAAAUUAAAUCUUAAAAUCUGUGUCAAUAGAAAACUUGAACCAUUAGUAAUAACAGAACUGCCAAUCAGGGCCUAGUUUACUAUUAAUGAACUGGAUAAAUUUAAUAAAAUAAGAGUGAUACUGAAAGUGCUCAGAUGACUAAUAUGCUAUAGUUAAAUGGCUUAAAAUAUUUAACCUAUUAACUUUUUUCCACUAAUUCAUUAUAAUGUUUUUCAUAGGCAAGUUUCCUCUCAAUAGUGAUAGCAACAUUUUUAGACAUUCAAAACUGUCUUCAAGAAGUCACAUUUUUCAUUUAUAACAAUUUUCUUAUAAAAACAUAUUGCUUUUAAAAUGUGGAGUAGCUGUGAUCACUUUAUUUUAUGAUAGUAUCUUAAUGAAAAAUACUACUACUUUAGCUUGGGCUAUAUGUGUCAGGGUUUUUCUCCAGGUGCUUAUAUUGAUCUGGAAUUGUAAUGUAAAAAAGCAAUGCAAACUUAGGCUAGUGCUUCAUGAAAUGCCUAUUUAAGCUACUUUAAGUUAAUAGAACAAGUUUAAAGCAAAAUAUUCAUUUUAACUUUUUGUUGUUUUCAAAAUUAGGCUAAAUGUGCUUCAUGUGAGUGUCAACCAUAGCUUCUCAGAGAUUAUGGGCUGAAUUGAUAGGUAUAUUAAUGACACCAAUUCGACACAAGAUUAGACAAAAAGGUUCCUUACAAAAACACUGUGUAGCUAUUUCUCAAACUUGUGGGAUUUUUCAAAAGCACAGUAUAUGAAUCAUACUAUUUGACAAUGGUAAUGACAGAGUAAGUAACACUAAUAUUGGUCAUUGAUCUUUGUGCAUGAAUUAGUCUACAGAAAAAUAUUCUGUAAAAUUAGUUGUUGAAAAUGAUUUCCAAGCAAUGUUACUUUGAAAAUUGAGUUUAUGUUUGACCUAAGUGGGCUAAAAUUACAUUAUAUAAACUAAAAUUCUGUCCAUGUAGCUAUAAAUUUUGUGAAUGCAUUUUAUUGGUGUUUGAAAAAGAAGGUGGGGGGGGAGAAUUCCAGGUGCCUUAUAUAAAGUUUGAAGCUUCAUCCACCAAAGUUAAAUAUAGCUAUUUAAAAAUGCACUUUAUUUGUACUCUUUGUGGCUUAUCUUUUGUUUUAGAGUUUUGUUCAAAUUCUAGCAGAAUUUAGGCAAAAAUAAAACAGAUAUGUAUUUUUGUUUGCUGAAUGGAUGAAACCAUUGCAUUCUUGUACACUGAUUCGAAAUGCUGUAAAUAUGUCCCGAUUUGUAUUGAUUCUCUUUCAAUAUAAAAUGUAAAUAAAAUAUUCCAAUAAAA